UCAUCGCAGAGGGUCUAUGCAGCAGUCGCAUACUUAGUAUGUCGACCACUGAAAAAGCAACCCUUCAGUAACUUAAUAUUCGCGAAAGCAAAGUUGGCAGUUAUGAAGAAAACAUCCAUUCCAAGAUUGGAACUCCUGGGAUCCGUCUUGGCGGCAAAAUUAGUCCGUUUCCUUCGAAAACAGCUCAAAAUUACCCUUAGUUCAGUCCAAAUUCUAUCGGACUCACAAAUAGCUCUUUACUGGAUACAUUCCAAUAAACAGCUCAAAACGUUUGUCAACAAUAGGGUCAAAUACAUAAAAGAAGUAACGCAGGAAUUGUCGGAUGCAAACAUACCGUACAAGUUCCACUACGUCAACACAGACAGUAACCCAGCAGACUGUGCGACCAGAGGCUUGUCAGCUUCUGAGCUAUCAAGCCAUAUGUGGUGGCACGGCCCUAGCUUUAUACUCAACCAGCCUACAAAAUGGCCUAACACAGAUAUGGACUUCAGCGCUAAAACCAUUCCACCUAAGGAAGCGCAAGAAGAAUUCAAGUCCGUAAUAAACACAUCCAUUGACACUUAUAAAUCGUUUAUCCCAUUCAUUAAGACUAGUUCAUACGAAAAACUAGUUAGAAUAACUUCUUACGUUCUAAAAUACAUAUCCAUCCUCUGGCGGAAAGGCAGAAAAGGCGAGUCAACCGAGGAGAACAGCCAUAGGAUCAUCAUCUUGAUCAGAAAUUCUAACUUUCGCGAAACAUCUAAAUACCGCGAAGAAGUGCUUCAACUGCAAGGUCGCAUAGUCCAGCGUCUCCAGGUGUCGAUGUGCGACGAUGGAAUUUACCGUGGAGAUCUUCGAAUGGCAAAUGCAGAGAUCUUGGAUACAGCCAAGAACCCAAUUCUACUUUUGCCGAACCAUCAGCUUACCAGACUGAUCGUCACGGACUUCCAUCAGAAGCUAUUCCACGCCGGAGUUUCACACCUCAUAUCCGAACUCAGAAAUCAUUACCUCAUUCCGAGGGUUCGGAGAGUGGUCAACGCUGUCGUCAGAAGAUGUGUAGUUUGCAGGAGACACCAAGGAAGAUCCUUCUCGUAUCCUCGCAUUCCUGACUUACCAAGCCAGAGAAGGCCACACUUAACACAAGGCCAAUUACUCCGGUUACCACGGACUCAACGGAAGAUUCGUUUGUACUACGGCCAAUCGACCUCAUUGACCCCUAUUUCACACCUCCCAACUCAGGAGCAUUCAAAUUCAAGUGACCGAUCAAUAAUCUCGAACUCACAUGAAGAAAUCAUCAAUUCGUAUGUAUUACUACAGGACACCCUAGAUACAUUCUGGAACCAUUGGCAGAAGGAAUACCUUCAGAACCUUGCGGAAAGAAAUCAAAAAAGAUCAACUCUCAGACAAGGUGCCAAAUACAUGCCAAAAGUCGGUGAUGUAGUACUCAUCAAAACGGAGAAUACACAAAGGUCGCAAUGGCCACUAGGUCUCAUAAUACAAAUCAAUGAAUCAGUCGAUGGAUCAGUUCGAUCAGUAAGGAUAAAAACAGGAAAUAACAAAGUUCUCGAUCGAUCAGUCAAUCAGCUGAUCCCUCUG